AUGACUGACCUCAUCGCACUUAUGGGCUCCCUGGUUGACAACAGGGGUAAGAUUUUGGUUCCUGGGAUCUAUGACAGUGUGGCGCCUCUGACAGCAGAGGAGCAAAAGCUGUACGAGAAGAUCGACUUCGACUUGGAUGAGUACUGUAAAGAUGGCGGGGUUGGCCGGCUGCUGCAUGACACAAAGGAGCAAAUCCUCAUGCACUGCUGGAGAUAUCCUUCUCUUUCCCUUCAUGGUAUUGAGGGGGCUUUCUCUGAAGCAGGAGCCAAGACGGUCAUCCCUCGCAAGGUCAUUGGCAAGUUUUCCAUCCGCCUUGUGCCUGACAUGGACCCUAGAGAUGUGGAGAAGCAGGUCAUCAAUCAUCUGCAGAAGAAGUUUGCUGAACUGGGAAGCCCCAAUAAACUGAAAGUGAACAUGGGCCAUGGGGCCAAAGCCUGGGUCUCAGACUUCAACCACCCACACUACAUGGCAGGGAGAAAGGCCAUAAAGACAGUCUUUGGGGUCGAGCCUGAUCUGACUUGCGAGGGCGGCAGCAUCCCGGUCACCCUGACCUUCCAGGAGGCCACAGGCCGUAAUGUCAUGCUGCUUCCUGUAGGGUCCUCUGAUGAUGGAGCUCACUCUCAGAAUGAAAAGAUCAACAGAUCAAACUACAUUCAGGGAGUCAAGCUGCUGGGAGUGUACUUCCAUGAGGUCUCUCUGCUGGAGUGAUUUGAUGGUGUCUCAUAAUGACAGGUGUAAAAUAUGCUCAUCCUCCAU